AGAGAGAGAGAGAGAGAGAGAGAGAGAGAGAGAGAGAGAGAGAGAGAGAGAGAGGAAGAGAGGAGAGAGGGAGAGAGGGAGAGGAGAGAGAGAGAGAGAGAGAGAGAGAGAGAGAGAGAGAGAGAGAGAGAGAGAGAGAGAGAGAGAGAGAAGAGAGAGAGAGAGAGAGAGAGAGAGAGAGAGAGAGAGAGAGAGAGAGAGAGAGAGAGAGAGAGAGAGAGAGAGAGAGAAGAGAGAGAGAGAGAGAGGAGAGAGAGACAACCAGGAACCCGUGAACUGAAAGACCCGAGAAACCAAGGAACUCGAGAACUCAAGAACUCGAGCACCUUCGGACGUCAAACUCAAGCACUCAAGACCUCAAGAAAUCCGGAGCCGUAG